GGGAGGCGGCGAUGCGCACGGCCAGAGAGACGCGGAGGAGGAGACAUGAGCCGGCGGGCGCCCAGACGGAGCGGCCGUGACGCCUCCGUGCUGCAGCCGCUCGCCCCGGCCCCGGCCCCGGAGCGCUGACCCCUGGCCCCGCGCAGCCCCGCGCCCCCGUCGGAGAGCGCGCCCAGCUUCCAGCCCCGCCGCGCAUGCUGCCACCGGAGUGAGCCGGUCAGCCAGCCUCCCGCGGACGCCCGGACGGCCGGCCGGCCGGCUGUGAACAAGCUUCCCCGCACCGGCCGGGUGCUUCCUGCACAGCGGCGGCCGCCCCGCAGCACCCGCGCCAGCCCGGAGGGCGCAGCGCUCGGGAGGAGCCGCGCGGGGCGCUGAUGCCGCAGGGCGCGCCGCGGAGCGCCCCGGAGCAGCAGAGUCUGCAGCAGCAGCAGCCGGCGAGGAGGGAGCAGCAGCAGCGGCGGCGGCGGCGGCGGCGGCGGCGGAGGCGCCCGGUCCCGGCCGCGAGGAGCGGACAUGUGCAGGCUGGGCUAGGAGCCGCCGCCUCCCCCCCGCCCAGCGAUGUAUUCAGCGCCCUCCGCCUGCACUUGCCUGUGUUUACACUUCCUGCUGCUGUGCUUCCAGGUACAGGUGCUGGUGGCCGAGGAGAACAUGGACUUCCGCAUCCAUGUGGAGAACCAGACGCGGGCUCGGGACGAUGUGAGCCGUAAGCAGCUGCGGCUGUACCAGCUCUACAGCCGGACAAGUGGGAAGCACAUCCAGGUCUUGGGCCGCAGGAUCAGUGCCCGUGGCGAGGACGGGGACAAGUAUGCCCAGCUCCUAGUGGAGACAGACACCUUCGGUAGUCAAGUCCGGAUCAAGGGGAAGGAGACAGAAUUCUACCUGUGUAUGAACCGGAAAGGCAAGCUCGUGGGGAAGCCUGAUGGCACCAGUAAGGAGUGUGUGUUCAUCGAGAAGGUCCUGGAGAACAACUACACAGCCCUGAUGUCAGCCAAGUACUCCGGCUGGUACGUGGGCUUCACCAAGAAGGGACGGCCGAGGAAGGGCCCCAAGACCCGGGAGAACCAGCAGGAUGUGCACUUCAUGAAGCGCUACCCCAAGGGGCAGGCAGAGCUGCAGAAGCCCUUCAAGUACACGACAGUGACCAAGAGGUCUCGGCGGAUCCGCCCCACGCACCCCGGCUAGGCCUCCCCACCGUGCCCCCCCCCCCAGGUGGCUCUGGCCCACACUCACACUCACAGAGAACUGCAUCAGAGGAAUAUUUUUACAUGAAAAAUAAGGAAGAAGUUCUAUUUUUGUACAUUGUGUUUAAAAGAAGACAAAAACUGAACCAAAACUCUUGGGGGAAGGGGAACGAUAAGGAUUUUAUUGUUGACUUGAAACCCCCAAUGACAAAAGCCUCACGCAAAGGGACUGUUGUCAACGCACAGGUGCUUGUCUCUCUCUUGGAACAGACAACUCUAAACUUGUCCCCAGAGGAGGACUUGAAUGAGGAAAACGACACUCUAAGAAACCAAAGUCCUUUUUCCCAAAGGUUCUGAAAG